AUGCCAUGCCUCGUGGGCGUCGUGGAGGACCUCUAUUCGUCGGGACUGGAAGGUGAACUGCGGCUUGGUGAACGCUUGCUUGGGUCCACGCAGAUACACGAGACAACAGAGACUGACAGGACAGCGCCAGGUCCUCUCUCCACAACAUUGCGCUGGCUGCAUAUGGGCCUGCUCUCGACGGGGACACAUGACAACCCUGACGGCAAUGACAACAACGAUGGCGCCAGCCACGACGCUGAGGCGCUACCACCACCACAACGGGUUCGAGCACCGCGGCAGGUUUACCUGAGGGGCCAGCAGCAGCGCAACCUCGGGGUGAACCUCUUCAGAGGCCCAUGGGGUUCGAUAGCUCAGCACCUGCGGAGGGUAUUGUGCGCCCUGCGUUUCUUCACCACCGGGUCCUUCCAGUCGUCGGUGGGAAGCGAGGAGACCGUAGCGGUGACGCAGCCCGCGGUCAGCAAGAGUGUGCGACGUGUGGCUCAGACUAUCGUCAACGCCGGGACCCGCAACAAGCGGGUUCACUUCCCGCGAACGGCGGAGGAGAAGGCGGCCGUGACGGAGGGAUUCCUUCGGCUUGGAUCUUUGCCCGGCGUCAUCGGGUGCGUAGACGGUAGCUUCGUCGCCAUCGUGGCACCAAGGGGUCAACAGAAGGCGGCGUUCUUCUGCCGGAAAGGGUACUACGCCCUUAACGUCAUGUUUAUAUGCGACGCGGACAUGCCAAUCUUCGCUGUCGACCCGCUGCGACCGGGGUCGGACCACGACAGCCACAUCUGGGGCACGACGUGGGUCCGCGAACGUUUCGAAGAGGGCCGCAUUGACACGACUGGCGAGUACCUUCUCGGUGACAGCGCCUACCCCCUCGAGCCAUGGCUUCUGGUCCCAGUUCCAGGCCACCCUCACAAAGAUAGCAGAAGGCAAGUACAACACUGCACAUGCUUCCAACCGAAAAGUCGUGUUGGCUGA